AUUAUUCGUGUGAAACAAGCUGAUCGACUCAAUUCACGAAUUACAGUAUGCUUACUGGCAUUGUCAUCGGUACUACUGAUGUCAUCACAUUUCAUGGGCGAUCCAAUAACAUGCUGGACGCCAGCUCAAUUCACAAAACAAUGGGCAGAUUUUGUAAAUCAAUAUUGCUAUGUACAUGGGACAUAUUUCGUUUCCCUAAACGAAUCGCUCCCAUUUAACGAGUCGGAACGACGGAAAAUCCCUAUCAACUACUAUCAAUGGGUGCCAUAUAUCCUUGCCGUUCAAGCGUUUCUGUUCUACAUGCCACGGUUCAUAUGGAAAUCACUUAUUUCCGUUACCGGGUACGAUCUGGCCGGUGCGAUUCAAUAUGUGGACAUCUUUUCGUCGAAUCGGGGCUACGAUUAUUUUAAUAAAAUAAUAUAUUUAUUUAUGAUUGCCGCGUUCGAAGGGCGUGCAUCUGCCUAUAUAUGGGAUGGUUUACGGUUGGCAAGGAACAAAAACAGCCGAGACAUGGCUCUCUACUAUACAGUUUCCACGGUGAUACAGACGUUGAACGCAUGUUGGCGGUUCCAAAAAUUGCGUACCCUAUCCUUCUCUUUCUAUCAGAGCUUUUUUCAGUGGUUAUGCCUGAAUGCGCUGUUGCAAUCACCGCUUUACACACUUUGGGGACCCGCACUCGUUCAUGAUCUCAUACGGGGAGACGAUUGGCAGGUAACGGGACAUUUCCCUCGCAUUACCCAUUGUGACUUCAAUAGACGACGGCCAGCGAGCGUACAGUUGGAUACCGUACUCUGUGUAUUGUCGCUGAAUAUUUACUAUGAAAAGUUGUUCAUAUUUUUGUGGUUCUGGCUACUUUUCGUUGCCAUCGUUUCCACAUCGAAUUCCAUUUACUGGAUUGGCAGUCUUUGUGUAAGCACAAAGGCUCGUCGUAUCGUGAGUAUGUAUUUGGCAACGGAUCCCAGUAAAGAUUCUAGUGGCCUGUCUACAGAGAAGUUUUUCAAAGUACUUGGACCGGAUGGGCUGUUCGUUCUUCAACAAAUGGCCCUCAACUUGGGUGACAUCCCAGCCAGUUACCUAUCCAUAGCGAUGAGAAACGUGGGUGAACGUUGGAUUGAAGAGGACCAGGAUCACAAUAUGAUUGUUGACGAAAAGACGCCAUUGAAAAACUUCAAAUCUGUUUAG